AUGAUCACUGAUAACUCCGGAAAAUCACAUGAUAUCUUGCUCUCUAACGAAAAGUUCGAUCCGAUCGAGUUGGAAAAUCGAUAUGUUCAUCAAGUAUAUGAUGUGAUAGCCUCUGAGUUCAGUUCUACUCGACAUUCACCUUGGCCUAGUGUUGUGAAAUUUAUUGAAGCACAAUCACCGGAUAGCCUUGGUGUUGACGUAGGUUGUGGAAAUGGAAAAUAUCUUACUGCAUCAUCAAAAUAUUAUGCUGCUAUGAAAGCUAGCACUUCAUCAACUAGUGUACAGUGCAAAAGUAUAGUUGCCACUUCUAAUUUCAUUCCUAUCGCUGCUAUGGAGAGAAGCCCCAAACUAGCAGAGAUUGUAUAUAACAGAGGCUUCGAUGUAGUCAUAGGUGACAUACUACGAAUACCUUAUUGUUCAGAACGUUUUGAUUUUUUUCUAUGCAUAGCUGUUAUUCAUCAUUUAUCCACUAUGGCUAGGCGUAUAGAAGCAGUUAAUGAGUUGGCUCGUAUUCUACGCGUUGGAGGUCGAGGGUUAAUACAAGUUUGGGCUAAAGAACAACAUGGUAUUUCAAAAUCUGAACCGUCAUAUUACGUUAAUCGUAAGACAAAAACUGUUUGUAACGUCAACGAUUCUCCAGAAUCACUCUCGAAAAUCGUUGAGGCUGUCCCUGGUACCUAUUUACCUUUACACGUCAAUGGUACAGAAUUUCAAAAUACAGAUAUGUUAGUUCCUUGGAAGAAAAAAAACUACACGGUGACCGAUCAGUUGAAAGAGUCUAAUCAACCAUUACCCAAUUCAAUGUAUGGUCGUUAUUAUCACUUAUUUGUUAUGGGAGAAUUGGAUGACCUAAUAUCAAAAGUACCUGCUCUAAAAAUUGACAAAUCUUUCUACGAACAAGGGAAUUGGGUUGUACAUGUAACAAAAGUUGUAUAA